AUGCAUUUUAACGGCAUCCAAAUCGAUUGCCAACUCAUCACCGCAUUAGCCGAGAGAUGGAGAAAGGAGACCCAUUGUUUCAACUUUAGAGAAGGAGAGGCCACCAGCACGCUAAAGGAUGUCGCCAUCCUAACUCAUAUGCCCAUCGACGGCAAACCGGUGUGCGUGAGUGAUCAACCCCUGAGGAUUGUGACGGUAUGCCCGGUUGGCAGCAUUUCAUCCACAGUCAUUUGGGAGUGA